AUGGUCAAGCUCAUCAUCCUCUCUCCAAAGGGCAACCAGGGCGUCCGCUACUUUCCCCACCAUGGAUACCUUGGUUUAACCCCCGUGAAGGUCGAAGGUGUGGUUCGCACACAGCUUGAACAGGACGGGAAGCCUUUGCUGUCAAAGGACCUCCAUAUCGCUGUCCGCUGCUAUGAGGCGCGCCAGACUCGGCUUGGGGCAACUAACACCAACAUGCUAGCUGAUUACUCCACAAUGCUAUGGAGUAAACCAGAUGACCAGGAUUGGACCGAAGUCGGCGAAGGUGAUCACACUUUUCGUAUCGUGGUCCCAGCAAAUGCGACCGCGCCCAGCACCGCCCUCUAUUACCAGGAAUAUCGCAUAUUUUGGCGUGUUGAAGCAACUCUCAAUCAUAUCCCUAUCAAUGGAGUUGGCUCGCGUAUAGUCAAGCACUUUGAUCUGCCGCUUAUUCGGUAUGACGUGCCCCCACUCAUACGGCCCCCCUCCCCUCCAAUGGUUAUUACCUCGUCUCACCUGUAUGCCACGGCGAAAAAAACUAAAGGCCCCCAGCUGAGGUAUCGCGUGGUCCUUCCACCCCAACCUGUCGGUCCCCUCGACAUUGUUCCCAUACAAAUAUACGUGCAACCUAUGGACUCUUCUGUAGUCGUCCGUAGUGCCACUGCCGUUGUAGAACGACGUAUAACUCUUAAGGAUGCACAGUCUCUUUCUCAAUCAGGCUCUGGAACUCCUACUGUACCUAAUGCUCACCCUCCGGACUCGACGAGCUCCUCAUACGCCCCUUCCGUUUCUGCAUCACCCUCUGCAUCAUCACCAUACCCUGCUCUACAUCAUUCAUCGCCACCGCCUGGCACAGCCGGUUCUGUUGCUUCAUCUUCAUUUCAGGACCUCGCAAGCACUGCUUCGGCCUCGACAAUCUUUACAGAUAGCGACUCACGCCCCCUUCUACCCUCUUCACCCGGGCCAGACAAGGUGGCUACGCAUAUAUACGCACAUGUCGAAUCCUCGGUCCCAUUCAAACACGACUCAGAUGGGAUUUGGAAGCAAACAUUGAAUUUUUCAUGGCCUGAUACGAAGUCUAAGGCUCGUUGGGGGAUUGGCGAGACGGCGAGAACUGAGAUGGCCAACGUUCAAUUUUUUAUCAGGCCGAAGUUAAUUGUUUCGUCAUCAUCUAGCAACGCAGAAUCUUUUGAGCUGGAAGAUCAAGAAAUCUUCGCUUUGUCAACAAACGAAUCGCAACGCCAAGUUGCCUUCUCGAAGUACAACGAGCAACUUUACUCGAAUAACCGCUCAAAGUCUAAGUCACCUCGGAGAACGAGGCGGGAGCGCGAUCGGCCCCCAGAUAGUCCGAACGAUGCGUCGACGAAUCCACUUAGCUCAGCACCUCCCCACGUGCAACGGCAUUUGGAACCAUCCUCAGCACAAAAUCCCAAAUUUCCAUCUACCUCGCCUUACCCACCGAAGGCCAAAGUCAAGGCUCACCGGCGGCCCCAUACUUCUGCCGGCCCACGAGAUAAGUCGGUUGAUCUUCGUGCAUCAGACGCGAUUCGACACCAGAACCAUCACCUCGUGGUUCCAGUUCGGGCUGAGACAGCCAUUUCAGCCAACAAAGCGGAGGUUAGGACCGGCUUCAAUCAGAAAUGGGUGCUUUUACCACAGCUGGGCAGCUCGAUUGUGAGCACCGACUCGGGCAUAUCCAUCAAACACGAGGAAAGUGCUGAUCACGCCGAUGGAGUCUCAUUGUUUGGGCACCUAGACCAGUCUGAUGUUCUUGCAUGGGAGCAAGAGCUUGCACGCAUCGAGUCGGCAAGUCGGCGAAGUAGCGCGGAUAUGCUCGGAUUCACAUCGCGGCGCAAACAAGGGCACCCACACCACCGCACUCCGGCGCAUCGGAUCCUCCCGGGAUUCCGUCCACGUUAUUGUAUCCUACCGGACGAUCCAUACAUCGGCAUUGCGGACUCACAACUUUCGGAUGGCUGGCUUCUUCACUUCAUUGUCUCUCCGGGAUGCACAUGCACAGUCAUGGGUGCGGGCUACAUGCUUAUGCGAGCUACCAUUCCUACUCCGGAAGAAACAUACGCGGCCAUGGCUCCUGACCUGAGGAGGAAGGUCGACGCCAACCGCGCUGCACGGCUCGCUCAGGAGAACGCCAUGAAUCGCCAGGUGGAAGCUCAGGUAGGGCAAGCUGAUCCAGAUACAGUAAAGCCUGUCUGGGCAGAGGCUAAGAAGUAG